ACCGCCUAUUCGCGAUCCCCUCCACCGCCCGCAAAAUCUCCAGAGGAGUUUUUACGGAAAAGCCCUCGGAUUUUCUCUCUUUAUUUUUUUCCUCCUCCGCUCCCCCGCUCCUCGCGUCGUCGUCGUCGUCCUCCGAUUCCUCCCUUCCCUUCGCUCUGCUCGUCCCGUCCGGGGAGGGGGCGGGAGAGGGACGCCGCCGCCGCCACCGCCACCAUUGGCGCUGCUUCUGAGACAUUGGGGAAGAUGGUUGUCCAGGAGUUCACCGUUGAUCUGAACGAGCCUCUUGUUUUCCAGGUUGGCCAUCUCGAGGAACGUUAUCAGGAAUGGGUUCAUCAGCCUAUCGUGAGCAAGGAAGGUCCACGCUUUUUCGGAAAUAAUGUAUUGGAGUUCUUGACGCGCACAAAGUGGUGGGCUGUGCCAACCAUAUGGCUGCCUGUCGUCUGCUGGCUGCUGGUGAAAUCUAUUCGGAUGGGUCAUUCUAUUCAGGAAGUAGCUCUAAUGGCCUUAUUUGGAGUAUUCAUUUGGACAUUAAUUGAGUAUACUUUGCACCGCUUCCUAUUCCACAUCGACACCAAAACCUAUUGGGCAAACACAGCACAUUACCUUCUUCAUGGAUGCCAUCAUAAGCAUCCUAUGGACUCACUCAGACUUGUAUUCCCCCCUACCGCAACAGCAAUUUUGUGUGUGCCGUUCUGGAAGCUGGUAGCGUUCUUCGCAACUCCAACUACAACUCCUGCACUAUUUGGUGGUGGCCUAUUGGGAUAUGUGAUGUAUGACUGCACUCACUACUACUUGCACCAUGGACAACCAUCCAAAGACCCAGCAAAAAAUCUCAAGCGGUAUCACCUCAACCACCACUUCAGAGUCCAGGACAAAGGCUUUGGCAUUACCUCAUCACUCUGGGAUUAUGUUUUCGGGACAUUGCCUCCGUCGAAGACCACUGGGAAGAACAACUGAGUCACUGACAAAAAUCUAUUCUUUGCAUGAGAAAUUUUAGAGGAUAUGUAAUAUAUUAAGGCUAGGCACAACUGCUUGUUUUGUCUUUCUGGGACAACAGGUUCACAUGUCCAUUCAGUUCGAAUUCCUGUGGUUUACGGAUGACUGUUUGAUGUGUGUGAAGACAUUUCAUUGCCUUGACAUCCAAUGUUCUGAAUUCAGAUGACGUGGUUAUUCUUGAUGUGAUCCACAUGCCAUGUUAGGAUCAGCUGUUCUAUUGGAUUGUCUAAUUACAAAAUUGUCUGUCUUUUCU